AUGGCCCCUAUGUCGUGGAUCAUGAUUCAUCUGAGGGAGUUGCUGAGGUUCCCAGCAAGUGGGUUCAGUGUGAGGCCAGUGGGGGAAGACAUUUACGAAUGGCAAGCAAUGGUGUUGAACCCCCCUAAGAGUCCAUACGAAGGGGGCCUCUUCUUCAUCUCCAUUCAUUUCCCACCGGAGUAUCCCUUCAGGCCACCAAGGGUGUCGUGGAAGAUGCCGAUUUCGCACCCCAACAUCGACAAACUCUGCGUCUUCCAUCCGCUACUCGUCACCGCUACCUGGAGGUUUGGAAAGACAGUGAAAGAUUUCCUCCAAGCGCUCCAUGACAUGCUGGUUCACCCUAUGAUGGAGGAAGACGACCACUUCCUCGAAGACGUCGCCCGCAUGUGCCUCUUGGAGCUGGAGAGGUUUGAGAAGAAGGCCCGCUUGAUAACUGAGGCACACGCCAUGAAUUAA